AUGGCCCGGUUGAUGAUAUGUCUUCUCCUGAUUGCUGCUGCAGCGGUGCAAGGACGGCACGAAAAAUAUGAAGGCCAUCAACUGUACUAUGUGGCCGGUUCACCAGCAGACAUCACGGCUCUGGAAGCGUCAUUGGAUAUUAUCUCCAUGACACCUUCGAGCCGAUCAGAUUCCGGCAAACUUGAAGCCUUAGUAAGGCUAGCACCCGAAGAGAAACAGCAAUGGCUAAAGUAUUUCGAUGACAACAAAAUGUCCUACACCAAGUUUGCUGAUAAUCUUGCAGACAUCCUUCGACAAGAGGACCAAGAUAUAAUGAAGUCGAGAGCUAGAGCCAGUCGUAACGGUCGAGACAUGUCCUGGGACACAUACUACAGACACGCUGAGAUAAACGACUACAUUGACAAAAUAGGGGAAGAAUACCCAGAACUGGUGACAGUCAUUAACGCAGGUCUCAGCUACGAAGGCAGACAGAUCAAAUACUUGAGGAUCUCCACCACACGCUUCGAGAACUUGAGGAAACCGGUAAUAGUUAUCGACGCAGCUGUCCACGCCAGGGAAUGGGUGACCCCACCAGUCGCCUUGUACAUCAUCAACCAGUUGGUAGUAGAUAUCGUCGACCGCAGACUGACUGAGGAAAUCGACUGGGUCAUCAUACCUUUAGUGAACCCUGAUGGCUACGAGUAUUCAAUGGACGAGGACCGCAUGUGGCGUAAGACUCGUUCACGAGCUCACGCGAACUCAAACGCAUGCCCGGGGGUGGACGGCAACAGAAACUUCGACCACUAUUGGGGAACUAGUCCUGCUAGCGCCAACCCUUGCAGCAUCAUUUACGAGGGCCCCUCGGCCUUCUCCGAGCCCGAGAUUCGAGUCGUCCGUGACGCGGUCCUGAGACAACUUGAUCGCACCGCCCUCUACAUCUCCUUGCAUAGCUUCGGAAACAUGUUUCUAUAUGCUUGGGGACAUAAUGGUACACUUCCGUCGAACGGCCUGUUCCUCCACUUAGUCGGCGUGAGAAUGGCAAUGGCAAUCGACGAGCUGGCUUUGGACACCGCUCCGCCGUACGUGGUUGGCAACGCGGCGGCAAUUCUCUACUUCACAACAGGCACAUCGCGCGACUGGACCCGCGCGGUUGGCAUCCCUCUCACUUAUACACUCGAGCUCCCAGGUUACGAGUAUGGGUUCCUCGUGCCACCAACGUACGUGGAGCAGAUCGUCACAGAAACUUGGGCCGGUAUCGCCACUGGUGCACACCUCGUUCUGGAGUUAUUGUAG